GUUUACACGGUCGCGCGUCCCAACUCGUCUAGUGUGUUUUUGACAUCGGUGAACGCAGUCGUGAACUUCGGAGCGGACCGAUAUACUUUUUAUUUAUAGUUAAUCGAAUAAGUCGUGUGACGUUCGUGAAUACCUGUGUAACCCGGGAUAUAAAUAUGAGUAUUGCUGCACUCAUCCAAGCCGCUGAAUACCUCGAAAGGCGAGACAGAGAAGCGGAACACGGAUAUGCGUUGAACCUGCCGGCGUACGAGGAGACCCGCUCGGGCGGGAGACGGCCGAAGACCAAGAAGUCUCAGGGCAGCAGGACCACUCAUAACGAGUUGGAAAAGAACAGGAGAGCGCACCUCAGAAGUUGCUUGGAGAAGCUGAAGGACAUGGUGCCACUAGGGCCCGAGUCCUCCAGACACACCACACUAGGAUUAUUAACGAAAGCCAAAAGAUUUAUAAAGAGUCUAGAAGAACGGGAAAAACGGCACGCGUCACACAGAGAGCAGCUCGCGCGCGAGCAGCGCUACCUGCGGCGGCGGCUCGCGCAGCUGCGUGCCUCGCCCUCGGCUCGGCUCUCAGAGUCGCUCACGCACACGCGCGCGGACUCGUGCUCGUCGCUAGAGAGCUCGUCCGGCGUCUCCACUGCCGAGCGGUCACCUUCUAGUGUCUCCGAGAGCGACGAAGUGGACGUGAUUGGCUACACGUCCAACCAGAGCGACAGCGAGUCGCUGGUGUCGGGCCGCAGCGGCAGCGGCGACAGCGGCGUCUGCGAGCGCGCGCGGCGCGGCCGUCGCUCGCCGCGCACCGCGCGCCGCGCGCCCCGCAACACGAGGGUCUAG